GUGCAAUCGAAGCGGGAAGACUCUACUUCGCCGAUCACGAAGUAUGAGGCCUUGACAGAUUCUCUUUCUGCUACACGUUUACAUUAUGGCGGACGAAACCAUGGACGAUACGCCACAACUCUCAGCGACCGAGUCAAGCGAAGAUGAAUUAGAUGAAGAACUCGUCGAGACCCUCAUCGCUGGCAGGGAGCGACGGAAGACUGCUGGUAAUCGCUAUGACAGGGAUAUGAUACUGGAAGAGGUGGCAAAUGUGGACGACCAAGACGAGGUCACUUUGUUAUUCGCGGACAAUGAAGAGGGGGAGGAUGAGGAAUUCAGAAGCGGUGAUGAGGAUGAGGAUGCAGACAUGUCCUCCAGCGAUGAUGACGAUCAAGGCCCCAAUGCUGCAACAGAUGACCUCGAAGGGGAGAAGGAGAUACAAAAGCAGGCCAAAGAGGAACGAGCGAAGAAACGGAAAGCAGAUCUGGCCCUUACAAGCGUCGCGGGCAUGAGGAAGAAACUCAAGACCGAUCCUACAAGGCCGAUUGUGGCAUCUGUGACACCGAAACCAUCAAAGAAGAAAGAGCGGGUUACAUGGGUCCAUCAUCACGAUUCCGGUCGAAGUUCUCUGCGCAAACAGACGAUCGCCCAUCGAGCUGAAACCAUUGCCCGAUUGAAGGAGAGCGAGGCCCAAAGCAAAAAAAUGAAAGCGCUCAAGGAACAACGGGAAAAGGAAAAAGCAAGAGAUGCACCCAAAGAACUCACGCAGGCUGAUCGGCUGGCUGAAGCUGCAAGGGUCGAGCGACAAAAUGCUAAGAGCCUCAACCGUUGGGAGGCGAUGGAGAAGAAGAGACAAGAGGAGCUAGCAAUAAAACUCGCAGCUCUCAAGGACAGGAAACUGGAAGGUCCAGUCCUCACUUGGUUAAGUGCUAAGGCCAAAUGGGUAGGGCCGAGACUGAACAAAAUCGGUACAAGAGACGCUACACACUUCGGCGAAGGAGAAAAAGAGACGAAGAAACGUGGAAGGAAGUCGAAAGCGUACCUCGAGCAAUUAGCUGCAGAAAAGAAUGCAGAUUCAAAGGGAGCCGGAGCAGUACAAACAAGUACUGCGAUAGCGGACCAGGUACCACUCCCCAUAUCGGACCAUUCGAAUGACCCCACCCAGGAAACGGCAAUUAUCACCACUAUUGCUCCUAUCUCGGAUGGUGCACAGCCGCAAACAACGCCCACUGCACCGCAGGACCAGGAAGACACUUUCUUGAAAGGGAUACAUGAGUAUGCUAAUAUGCAAACGGACGGCAUCCCAACGGAGAGCGGACGAGUCAGCCCAGUUCCUCAAGUUCAAAAUGUGCAGCAAGAACCAGAAGAGCGUCCGGAACCACAGCAAAGUCCUACUUCUUCAGCGGAAAAGACUACGGAUCCUGUUGUCCAGGUUCAAAAGCCUUCUAGCGAGGCGUCGGAAAAUGUCGCAAUUAAACCUGAAGCACCCACCGAGAAGACGCAUCUGACCGAAUCUAUCAAGCUACCAGAGCAGUCACAGCUAGACAAAACCGCCGAAGAAGCAAAGAAGACGCAGCCGCCUGAGAAACCCGAGCAGAGAGAGCAGAUGCAGCCCUCUGAGGCCACAGGCCAAAUGCAACAGAUGCAGCCAGUAAGAGCCGUCGAGAGGCCCAAUGAGACAGAGAAUGCCCAGGCAACCACACAAAUAGAGCAGACGCCGUUGGCUGGAGUCAUCCCAACCCCGACAGUACCGGAGCCUCCACUGAUUGAAGAAGACUCGACGCGAAAUCUGGUCAUUUUGGACAAGUUCGAGGAGCUUUCCAGCGAAGCCCGGCAGGAGUACUCCCUAUUUUACAACAAUCGCAAGACAGCCAAACCUGUGAAGCACAUUCAAGAGCUGUGUUCCAUCACAAUGUUGCCUGUUCGAUACCGAGAUCGCGGCACGGGGAUCGGGUUUGCCACUGCAGGUGCAUACAAGAAGCUUCAAGAACUGAAGGAGCACAAGUUUGUAUGGAGCAGCAUGCUCGGCUGCUAUGUAGGUCGAGAGGGAGGCGCGGUAGCCCGGGGAGUGCCAGAAGGAUGGGGUUGAAGUUGUCCUCGUCUGUGAAAGAGCAAAAGAGCAUUAUAAGAGUGGAUAGUCCCACCUGCAGGAAUGAACCAGCACCGUUGUUUGACACCAAAUGCAAAUUCCUCUUGCGCUGAUGAUGGAAUAAUAAGAUGGAGGAGGGAAGAAGGGGCUAUGCUACUACGAGUA